CCGGUCGGGCUCCGGGAGGUGGAAGCAGAGGCAGCAGCAGGGUGAGGUACCUCUGGUCUGAUGGCUACCGGGCGCUGGGCCCUGUGUCCCUCGCUGGGUUGUUCCCGGGUGAGCGUCCCCGGCAGCCGACCUGGCGGGCACGUCCGCCCCGGCGCCGGGCUCGUGGUGGGUUAGUCCGCUGGCGAGCGUCCCCCGCGGCCAGGGCUGCACAGCCCAGGAGUUCCCUCUGCCCUGCUGCCCCGAAAUCCGACAGACCGAGGCCGCCCGUGGAGGGGCUUCCUGGGGACCCUGUGUCUUUUUGUACCUUCUGCUCGGUGUUCAGGUUUAUGAGAAGACCCUGCCUUCCAGGUGCUUCGUCAGCUUUCUUUAGGCAUUGGACUGUCCUCCACCCAGAGAAGGGGGUCUCACAGUGUGCCUGUGGUAUGACAUGUGCAGAGAUUCUGCCAGCUUACUGACCAUGAAGGAGACAGACCGGGAGGCUGUUGCAACAGCAGUCCAAAGGGUUGCUGGGAUGCUUCAGCGCCCAGACCAGCUGGACAAAGUGGAGCAGUAUCGCAGAAGGGAGGCCCGGAAGAAGGCCUCUGUGGAGGCCAGGAUGAAGGCCGCGAUCCAAUCACAGCUGGAUGGGGUACGCACAGGCCUGAGCCAGCUCCACAAUGCACUGAAUGAUGUCAAGCAUAUCCAGCAGUCACUGGCUGAUGUCAGCAAGGACUGGAGGCAGAGCAUCAACACCAUUGAGAGUCUCAAAGAUGUGAAGGAUGCAGUAGUGCAGCACAGCCAGCUGGCUGCAGCUGUGGAAAACCUCAAGAACAUCUUCUCUGUGCCUGAGAUCGUGAGGGAGACCCAAGACCUGAUCGAGCAGGGGGCUCUCCUGCAGGCGCACCGGAAGCUAAUGGACCUGGAGUGCUCUCGGGAUGGGCUGAUGUGUGAGCAGUACCGCAUGGACAGUGGGAAUACACGGGACAUGACCCUCAUCCAUGGCUACUUUGGUAGCACGCAGGGACUCUCUGAUGAACUGGCCAAGCAGUUGUGGAUGGUACUGCAGAGAUCACUGGUCACCGUCCGCCGGGAUCCAACCUUGCUGGUCUCCGUGGUCAGGAUCAUUGAAAGGGAAGAAAAAAUUGACAGGCGAAUACUUGAUCGAAAAAAGCAAACAGGGUUUGUUCCUCCUGGGAGGCCCAAAAACUGGAAGGAAAAAAUGUUUGCCAUCUUGGACAGAACUGUGACAACUAGAAUUGAGGGCACUCAGGCAGACACCAGAGAGUCUGACAAGAUGUGGCUUGUGCGCCACUUGGAGAUCAUCAGGAAGUAUGUUCUGGAUGAUCUCAUCAUUGCCAAGAACCUGAUGGUCCAGUGCUUCCCUCCCCAUUAUGAGAUCUUUAAGAACCUCCUGAGCAUGUACCACCAGGCCUUGAGCACACGGAUGCAGGACCUCGCAUCAGAGGACCUUGAGGCCAACGAGAUUGUGAGCCUCUUGACGUGGGUCCUAAAUACCUACACCAGUACAGAGAUGAUGGGGAAUGUGGAGCUGGCCCCAGAAGUGGAAGUCAGUGCCCUGGAGCCUCUACUCUCUCCAAAUGUGAUCUCUAAGCUGCUUGACAAAUAUAUGUCAACACUCACGUUCAACAUCAUUGCUUGGCUACGGAAAGCACUGGAAACAGACAAGAAAGACUGGAACAAAGAGACAGAACCAGAGGCAGACCAGGAUGGCUACUACCAGACUACACUCCCUGCCAUUGUGUUUCAGAUGUUUGAACAGAAUCUUCAAGUUGCUGCUCAGAUAAGUGAAGAUUUGAAAACAAAAGUACUGGUUUUGUGUCUUCAGCAGAUGAAUUCCUUCCUCAGUAGAUACAAAGAUGAAGCCCAACUGUAUAAAGAAGACCACCUGAGAAACCGGCAGCACCCACACUGCUAUGUGCAGUACAUGAUUGCCAUUAUCAACAACUGCCAGACCUUCAAAGAAUCCAUUGUCAGUUUGAAAAGAAAGUACCUAAAAACUGAAGCAGAGGAGAGUCUAUGUCUGAGCCAACCGACCAUGGAUGGGAUUCUAGAUACUAUUGCUAAGGAGGGCUGUGGCAGCCUGCUGGAGGAGGUCUUCCUGGAUCUAGAGCAACAUUUGAACGAGCUGAUGACAAAGAAGUGGCUGUUAGGGUCAAAUGCUGUGGACAUCAUCUGCGUCACUGUAGAGGACUACUUCAAUGAUUUUGCCAAAAUUAAAAAGCCGUAUAAAAAGAGGAUGACGGCUGAGGCACACAGACGUGUGGUAGUGGAAUAUCUACGGGCUGUCAUGCAGAAGCGUAUCUCCUUUCGAAAUGCUGAAGAGCGCAAGGAGGGUGCUGAGAAGAUGGUCAGGGAGGCUGAGCAGCUCCGCUUUCUGUUCCGGAAGCUGGCAUCUGGAUUUGGUGAAGAUGCAGAUGGACACUGUGACACAAUUGUCGCAGUGGCAGAAGUUAUUAAGCUUACAGACCCCUCUCUGCUCUACUUAGAAGUUUCAACUCUGGUCAGCAAAUAUCCAGAUAUCAGAGAUGACCACAUUGGUGCACUACUGGCAGUGCGAGGUGAUGCCAGCCGGGACAUGAAGCAGACCAUCAUGGAGACACUGGAGCAGGGCCCCACGCAAGAAAACCCCAACUAUGUGCCCAUCUUCAAGGAGAUUGUUGUGCCCAGUCUCAAUGUGGCUAAACUCCUUAAGUAACCCAGUUAUCACUCUGUGGCUUCCUGUUUGCACCCUAAGAAGCAAGUGUAUUAAAGCAUAAGUCACUCUCCAGGUACCCCAUUUGAUGUCAGCUACAUAUGCCUGUAUUCUCUGGCACCAUAGUAUGUGGAGCAAGGUGCUAUGGCAUGAACACUGGAAUCGUGAGUCUGUGGAUUUUCUCACCCUGUCAUGAAAAUGCCUUGUGAUAGCUUUUCUAUGGCUAUGAAACCCUCUUGGUUGCUUGGGAAAGGUAUAUGGCAGGCGCCCCUCAGUCUCCCCAGUUCAGUCUUGCUCUGUCUGGCAAACAUACUUUGGACUUCUGCUACCUGAUUAAAGCAAAGGAAAGCCAGGCAGCUUCUCAUUCCCAGUUUCAGGACAUUCUGAUUGGUCAUGAUAUAGCCAUGUCCAGAAGCAAUAGGAGGUCAUCAGCUCUCAGCUGACCUAUGAAUAGUCCUGAGCAGUCUCUGGGGCCAGGUUCUGCCCUCGUCGUUCUGGCUGUUCUAGACCAGCUGCUUAGUCUUCUUCACCUGCUGAAACAGCUCCACCCAGGUGGGUAGGGUGCCACCCAGGUCAGUCAUACUGGAAGGAUGAGAAAUGUCAUAAGUAUAAAUUUUCAUAAAAAUGUAUAUGAAAAUGAAUGUUUGGAAUGAGUCAAUAUCUGUAUAACAUACUUAUGUGUGAUCCAAAGUCCCUAAAAUUCUCUCCCUAAUUUAGCCAUCUAACCUCAACCUUCAACUUUAAGUUAAUUAAGAGGAGUAUAUUAUAUUAUACUCAGGAUAAACAGUGGUCCCUGUGUCUUGUGGGCUCUACAUGUCUGUAGAGGGCAGCUGUUCACUUAUUACCUGAGGGAGAGGUAUUGCCUGAGUUUCCUUAUGUACUCAGAUGGUUUCUCUCCCCAGCCCCAUUCUUGUUUCAGAGCCCCCAUGAACUCCCUAAGUCAAAUGGGAGGUGGAGGGCCUGGCGGGCCUGUCCUAUCCUAUGGGCCUGUACCACACGGCCACUCUUAAUGUAUAAAUCAAUGCUGUAUUUUCUUUCUACUUUUGAAAUGACAAGGUUGACCGUCUGCUUUUAUGUCAUUCUCUCAAGUUGUGAAAAAUUUAUAAAUAACCCUUUCUCUAAGUGGAAUUAAGUAAAAACUCCUCAGAGGCUUAGAGGAGACAUGGCUUUCUCAGAAGGCCAGCUGGUAUCAUGUUGAUCCAGUGCCGCCUGCUCGGCAGUCUGUUCAAUGUUCAUGACAAGUUGGCAUUUCUUGUCGAAUGUGCACUGAAAGUAACAACUGCUAGCUGCAACCCUGUAGUAACAAAGGUGCAUGUGUCUCACUGAGAUUUUUCAUGGUGGUUAUUGUCUAGAGUGGACAUGUAGCUAAUCACAGAAUGCUUUUGUGGCUAAGCAUUUAGCUGUCUGGCCCUGGA